UGGUUUUCUGGCGAGUCCGCUUCUCCAGACAUUCCUCAUCGAUGCGCGACAUUUGGCGGAUUCAGGGAUCAACGCUGAUCGUGUAACGCAGACAUGAACACGGAGAAGGACUUUUCGCCGCUGACGCCCAACGUUGUCAGGGCUCUGAAUGACAAACUGUACGAGAAACGGAAAGUCGCUGCUCUGGAGAUCGAGAAACUGGUCCGGGAGUUUGUGGCUCAGAACAACUCGACUCAAAUCCGACAUGUCAUCCAGAUCCUGGCUUCGGAGUUUGCCCUGUCGCAGCAUCCUCACAGCCGCAAAGGAGGACUCAUCGGGCUGGCGGCUUGUUCCAUCGCCCUCGGCAAAGACUCGGGUCUGUAUCUGAAGGAACUCAUCGAGCCUGUACUCACGUGUUUCAAUGACUCAGACAGCCGCCUGCGCUAUUAUGCCUGCGAGGCUCUUUAUAAUAUAGUUAAGGUCGCCAGAGGAGCUGUGCUCCCCCACUUCAACCUGCUUUUCGAUGGCCUCAGCAAACUUGCAGCAGAUCCAGACCCCAAUGUUAAAAGUGGUUCUGAAUUACUGGAUAGGCUUCUGAAAGACAUAGUGACUGAGAGCAACAAGUUUGACCUGGUGGCGUUUGUCCCGCUCCUGAGAGAGAGAAUCUACUCCAACAACCAGUAUGCCCGCCAGUUUAUCAUCUCCUGGAUCCACGUUCUGGAGUCGGUACCGGACAUCAACCUGCUGGACUACCUCCCGGAAAUCCUGGACGGUCUGUUUCAGAUCCUCGGCGACAACAGCAAAGAGAUCCGCAAGACUUGUGAGGUGGUUCUGGGAGAGUUCCUGAAGGAGAUUAAGAAGUCGCCGUCCAGCGUGAAGUUCGCGGAGAUGGCCAACAUCCUGGUCAUCCACUGCCAGGUCGCUGAUGAAACCAAACUGACCAACGAUCUGAUCCAGCUGACCGCCAUGACCUGGAUGAGGGAGUUCAUCCAGCUGGCCGGCAGGGUCGUGCUCCCGUACUCCUCCGGGAUUCUCACCGCCGUCCUGCCCUGCCUCUCGUACGACGACCGGAAGAAAAACACCAAAGAAGCUGCCAGUGCGUGCAACCACAGUUUAAUGAAGCUGGUGACGCCUGAGGAUGAUGAGGACGAGGAAGACGAGGCCAAGAGUACGGGCUCUCCGUCUAAGGAGGACAGUCAGGUGAAGACGGAGGCCGACAGCAACGACAUGUUAAACGCCUCGCAAGAGUCGGUGGGUUUCAGCAACAUCAGUUUCUUCACCCCGGCCAGCGCCGACAGGCCUCAGGUGACUUUGGACUUGGACGGAAUCGUCCAGGUGUUGGACCGUCACCUCCACGACUCGUCCACCGGAAUGAUGACUCGCAUCGCGGUGCUGAAGUGGCUGUAUCACCUGUAUAUUAAGACGCCGCGCAAGAUGUUCCGCCACACCGACAGCCUGUUCCCGAUGCUGCUGAAAACUCUGUCGGAUGAGUCGGACGAGGUGAUACUGAAAGACCUGGAAGUGCUGGCUGAGAUUGCAUCGUCCCCUGCUGGGCAGACGGAGCCCGCAGGCACCUGUGACAACAUCGACAACAAGCUCCAGCUAAAGGUGCCGGAAAGUAUCAAGUCGGGACAGCAGUCCGGCCCGGCAUGCAAGACGGGUGACUCGUCCCCCUCCACCCCCAGCAUGAACUCCUACUUCUACAAAUUCAUGAUCAAUCUCCUGAAACGCUUCAGUCUGGAGAGGAAGCUGCUGGAGAACCGGGGAGCGUUCAUCAUCCGACAGCUGUGUCUUCUGCUUCACGCUGAAAACAUCUUCCACUCCAUGGCGGACAUCCUGCUCAAGGAGGAAGACCUGAAGUUUGCCUCCACCAUCGUGCAGACGCUCAACACCAUCCUGCUGACCUCAGCGGAACUCUUUCAGUUGCGCAACCAGCUCAAAGAUCUGCGCACCCAGGAGAGCCGCGUGCUCUUCUGUUGCCUGUAUCGCUCCUGGUGCCAUAACCCGGUGGCCACCGUGUCACUCUGCUUCCUCACGCAGAACUAUAAACAUGCGUAUGAUCUCAUCCAAAAAUUUGGAGACCUUGAAGUGACCGUGGAUUUUCUCAUGGAGGUUGACAAGCUGGUGCAACUGAUAGAAAGCCCCAUCUUCACCUACCUGCGCCUGCAGCUGCUGGACGUGGAGAACAACCCAUAUCUGAUCAAGGCACUGUACGGCCUGCUGAUGCUGCUGCCGCAGAGCCAGGCCUUCCAGCUGCUGUCCAACCGCCUCCGCUGCGUCCCCAACCCAGAGCUCAUGCGGACAGUGGAGGAGUCCAAGUACAUGGACUCCAAACUGCAGUCGGCUUCCAAGCGUGCCUGCUACACCGACAUGGACUACGGUGAGCUGCUGCAGCAUUUUGACUGCGUCCAGAGCAAACACCUGGAGGUCCGACACCAGCGCUCGGGCCGGGCGACUGAGCACACGGACAGGAAGCUCAUGUGAAGUCCACGGGUGAAAGAAGAUGUUUAUGUAGUAUCACUGGAAAAGAUGAAGACGAUAUUAAAGCCAAAAAGUGUUCAUUCAUAAACAUGGCUUAUAGGCAGUAACACAAGAUAUAAAUAUAAAUAUAUAUAUAAAGUAUCAUUUGCCUUGACAGUCAAAUUAAUGUUUGUUUUUGUUUCUACCCAAGAGGUGUAUGUGUUCUUUAUAUAAGUUUAUGCUGAGUCAGCAAAGUGAAACUUCCAUUGUUUACUGUGGUCACAGUCAUUUUGUUGCUGAUCAUGCACCAGAAGUCUGACCAGAUCAUGUGUUCAGGGUUGUCUUUAUCUGGAUGAGGAGUUUCGCUGCAGUAUUGACCCAGGCACAAAUGAGACUUCACUCAAACCUUGGUAGCCGUGCGUGACUGAACUUUGGCUUACAUUCUUGGCUGGCCAACGUUAUUAUCAUCAGCCUUUGUUUGCAGCUGGGCUUAUCGCUAACUCUUAGAGCUUCUGGAAUCUCCUGUUCAUGUGAUAUUUAGACAGUUUUAAGUCCUUGAUUGCACUGUUUACGUUCCUUUUUAACAUGCUUCUUUGUCAAAUAAUAAAAGUGGACCAUGUGAUUAAAUUUCA